AUGGUUCAGGCUGUCCCGGACCCAGCAGCUCACAUCCAGGAAGCGCUGUCGGUGGUGAGCGAGGACCAGUCGCUGUUCGAGUGCGCCUACGGGACGCCGCACCUGGCCAAGGCGGACAUGACCGCCUCCUCCUCCGGCGACUAUGGGCAGACCUCCAAGAUGAGCCCGCGCGUGCCCCCGCAGGACUGGCUGUCGCAACCCCCGGCCCGGGUCACCAUCAAGAUGGAAUGCAACCCGAACCAGGUGAACGGCUCCAGAAACUCGCCCGAGGAGUGCAGCGUGGCGAAAGGCGGGAAGAUGGUGGGCAGCCCGGAGGUGGGCAUGAGCUACGGCAGCUACCUGGAGGAGAAGCACCUGCCGCCCCCCAACAUGACCACCAGCGAGCGCAGGGUCAUCGUCCCCGCAGAUCCCACGCUGUGGAGCACGGACCACGUGCGGCAGUGGCUGGAGUGGGCCGUGAAAGAGUAUGGCCUUCCGGACGUCGACGUCCUGCUGUUCCAGAACAUCGACGGCAAGGAGCUGUGCAAGAUGACCAAGGACGACUUCCAGAGGCUCACGCCCAGCUACAACGCCGACAUCCUUCUCUCCCACCUCCACUACCUCAGAGAGACUCCUCUUCCGCAUUUGACUUCAGAUGAUGUUGAUAAAGCCUUACAAAACUCUCCGCGGUUAAUGCAUGCUAGAAACACAGGGGGUGCAGCUUUUAUUUUCCCCAAUACUUCCGUAUAUCCCGACGCUACGCAAAGAAUUACAACUAGGCCAGAUUUACCUUAUGAACCACCCAGGAGAUCAGCCUGGACCGGUCACGGCCACCCCGCCCCCCCGUCGAAAGCUGCUCAGCCGUCUCCUUCCGCGGUGCCCAAGUCCGAAGACCAGCGGCCUCAGCUAGAUCCUUAUCAGAUCCUUGGGCCGACGAGUAGCCGCCUUGCAAACCCAGGGAGCGGGCAGAUCCAGCUCUGGCAGUUCCUCCUGGAGCUCCUCUCCGACAGCUCCAACUCCAACUGCAUCACCUGGGAGGGCACCAACGGGGAGUUCAAGAUGACGGACCCGGACGAGGUGGCCCGGCGCUGGGGCGAGCGCAAGAGCAAGCCCAACAUGAACUACGACAAGCUCAGCCGCGCGCUGCGCUACUACUACGACAAGAACAUCAUGACCAAGGUGCACGGCAAGCGCUACGCCUACAAGUUCGACUUCCACGGCAUUGCCCAGGCCCUGCAGCCCCACCCGCCCGAGGCCUCGCUCUAUAAGUACCCCUCGGACCUGCCCUACAUGGGCUCCUACCACGCCCACCCGCAGAAGAUGAACUUUGUGGCGCCCCACCCGCCGGCCCUCCCCGUGACCUCCUCCAGUUUCUUCGCCGCCCCGAACCCGUACUGGAACUCCCCCACCGGGGGCAUCUACCCCAACACGAGGCUGCCGGCCGGCCACAUGCCGUCUCACCUGGGCACGUACUACUAG